AUGACCAACACUACCUGGAAUCAUGAGUCGGACAAAGAUUUGCUGCUAACUAUUAUCGCUCGGGGUAGUUUGACAAGCAUUGUAUGGAAGGAUAUUGCUGCCGAGAUGACAGCAUUAGGUUAUGGAUUUUCUCACGAAGCAUGUCGCCAACACUUUCAAAAAAUUCGCAAGCAGCGUAGAAAUGCACUAGGUACAUCAAGCACCCCCUCAAGCAGCGCUACAACACCAAAGAAAAGGAAGACACCAGACGCACCAAAGACUUCAGCCACUUCUAAGGGAAACAAAAACAAUACCACAUCUGUCGAUGUCGAGGAUGACGAUGAAGGUUUCGAAGAUACACCUACCAAAAAGUCUAAAACUGCCAAAGUCGAGAGAGGGUUUUUGCAAGCUCCUAUCUUCAAGAUGGAGGACACAGGCCGAGAAAAUGUUUAUGGGGGACGUCCAUACAUUGAUUUGGAGCGGAAUGACCUUUAUGACGACGAGGAGUAG